AUGCCUGGAAAUUCUCAAAUAUCAGAUGAUGAUUCUGUCUCAAAUGCAAAUUUAUCGAAAAAUAUAAGCAGUUUGAUUUUUUUGCUUUCUUUUAUCAGAUAUUAAAUCUUUUUUGGCGCUAGAGACCUUAAAUAAUUAACUACAGCUAUAAGACAUUAUUUUUUUUAUUUAUAAAUUUCGUAUUAUGGCGGAAGCAAAUAAAAAGCUUAAAAACUUAUAAAAUUAAACAGGACAGCUCAGAAUUACCUGAACAAAAUUCACUGGCUGAAAAUUCAAAAUUAAAUCAAAAUGUUGAUCACGCAGAAAAAGCAGAAAUUAAGGUUAGAAAGAAGUCUGAAGAGACAUCUCUUAUUGAAACAAGUGAAAAAGAGAAAGCUGACGGGAUUAUCGGAAAAGUCCAAUACAAACUGACAGAGCAGCAAAUCAAAGACAUGAAAACUGGUCCAGAAGGGCUUACUGACGAAGAGGCUAAGUUCAGAUUUACACGAGAUGGCCCGAAUACCAUUCUUGAAAAGAAAAAAAAACCAAUCUUGAAGUUCCUAUCUUAUUUUUGGGGUCCGAUGCCUAUAAUGAUAUGAAUAGCCAUUAUUAUUGAAAUAGUAAGACUUUCAUACAUUGAUUUUGUAGUGCUCUUAAUUCUUCAAUUUUUUAAUGGCUUUGUAGGCUGAUACGAAGAGCGAAAUGCUGGGAAUGCCAUUGAAGCUCUCAAGAAAAAUUUAGCACCGAAAGCCAAAGUAAAGAGGAAUAAUGAAUGAUCGACAAUUGACGCCAUAAAUUUGGUUCAAGGCGACAGAGUUAAUAUAAAAUUAGGCGAUGUUAUUCCUGCAGACUGCAUAUUAGGCCAAGGAAAUAUAGAAGUUGAUCAAUCAGCAAUGACAGGUGAAUCAAUGGCUGUAAAUAAAUAUGAAGGAGAAAUUGUAUAUCAAGGCUCAAUUUGUAAAAGAGGAGAACUAGAAGCUGUCGUUGUCUCUACUGGAGCAAAUACUUUUUUUGGUAAAACUUCAGCAUUGGUAGGGAAAACAAAUAAUGUUGGAAACAUUCAAAAAGUUAUUACUAAAUUUACAGGAAUUUUAAUGGUUGCAUCAAUUUUAUUUGUGACCAUUAUUUUUGUGGUAGUGCUUACAAAAGGAAAUGAUGUGCUUGAAACAUUAUCUCUGUGUGUAGUCAUCUUAGUUGCCUCUAUCCCAAUUGCUACUCAGGUUGUAGCCAGUGUAACUUUAGCUGUCGGGGCUCAUAAUUUAGCUAGAAGCAAAGCAAUUGUGAGCAAACUAACAGCAAUUGAAGAAAUGGCUGGAAUGCAAAUUUUAUGCUCAGACAAAACUGGAACGCUCACGAAAAAUGAGUUAACUGCCAAUCCGCCCUUCUUAUUAGAAAAUUAUUCAAUUUCAGAUAUAUUUUUGUAUGCAGGGCUCUCUUCGAGAAGAGAAAAAGUUAAGUUAAGAGUUUAGUUUAUCCCUACCCUACGCUACCACCAAAAUCAGCACCAUCAGCACCAGCAGCGCCAUUAGCACCAUCAGCACCAUCAGCACAUCAGCAUCACGCCAAGCAUCUUCCACUCAGCACAAACCAACUCAUUUCCAGCUAAAUUAAAUUCUCAUCACUAUGUUUCCAUCUUUUCUGGUGACGUGCUCAAAAAUGGUGACGUCACCAUCUACAGGGGAGACCCUUGUUCCUUUAGCUUCCGGACCCACGGGUUCCUACGAAGAGAAAAAGGAACUCAAGACGCAAUUGAUAAAUGUAUCUCAGAGAGUGCCGAAAAAGACCAUAAUAUAAAAUACGAUAAAUAUGAGGUUACUGAUUUCAUCCCGUUUGACCCCAAAAUUAAAAGAACUGAAGCCACAGUCAGAAAUAAUGAAAAUAAUAAGAUUUUUAAAUGCACAAAGGGAGCCCCACAAAUAGUUUUAAGCCUUUGUGACUAUAAAAAUAUUGAAGACAUCGUCUCUAAAAAUGUAGCUAAUCUUGCAUCCAGAGGGUAUAGGACAAUAGGAGUCGCUAUAUCUGAAGAAGACGACAAGUGAAGUAUGGUUGGCUUAAUUCCUCUAUAUGACCCACCAAGGGAUGAUACAAAAGAGACCAUAGCAAAAGCUUUGCAAAUGAAUCUUAAGGUAAAAAUGAUUACAGGAGACCAAAUAGAAAUUGCAAAAGAAACAGCACGCCUUUUAAACCUUGGAGAUACUAUAUAUAACUCUGAUCUGUUCUCUGAGGACGCAGAAUCUGAUGAUCAAACUACUGUCAAAAUACUCGUAGAAAAAGCAGAUGGAUUCGCAGAAGUUUUUCCUGAACAUAAAUACAGGAUUGUAGAAAUUUUGCAGAGUUUAAACUAUAGAUGUGGAAUGACUGGAGAUGGAGUUAAUGAUGCUCCUGCAUUGAAAAAGGCAAACGUUGGAAUUGCUGUAGAAGGAGCUACUGAUGCAGCAAGGGCUGCAGCUUCAAUUGUUCUUACAAUGCCUGGCUUAUCUGUUAUAAUUCAAGCCAUUUUUUUAGCAAGAAUGGUUUUUCAACGUAUGAACAAUUAUUUUAUUUACAGAAUUGCUUGCACAGUCCAACUUUUAGCAUUUUUCUUUAUUGCGAUGGCAAUAAUAAACCCAAAAGAUGAAUUUACAUGCCGCUCAAACGGAAAAUCUUGUUCUAGCAUCCCUACAUCAUUUUCAUUUCCAGUUAUUGCUAUCGUUCUUAUUGCAAUCCUCAACGAUGGCACCUUAGUCACAAUUGCUUAUGAUAGAGUAACUGUUUCAAAAAAGCCUGAACAAUUUAACCUGUCCAUCAUGUUUUUAAACGCCUGUACUCUUGGCUUCGUUGCAUUGAUAUCAUCAAUUACUCUUCUCUUACUCUGUUUAGCUCAUAUGGAUGAUAGCAGUCCCAAUGACUUUUUCCAAGGAUUUGAUAUAAGUACCUUUUCUUAUGGAGAAGUUCUCACAGCGAUGUACCUCAAAGUGGCAUUGUCAGAUUUUUUUACACUUUUCAGUGCAAGAACAAGUAGUUGGUUCUGAACACGUGCUCCGAGCUGACAAGUUGUAAUUGCAUUUAUUGUAGCUACGGUAGCUGCAACUUUGUUUUCUUGCUACUGAUUUUUUAAUUUUGCUGAUAGUGGUUCUGGGUCUAUACCAAGCAUGCAGUCCAUUUCAUGACGCUUUGCGGGCUUCAUUUGGGGUUUUGAUUUGGUGUUUUUUAUCAUACAAGAUGUUAUAAAAGUCGCAGAGCUUCAUUUGAUAAAUAGCUAUUAUAAGUCAAAAGGAAAAGAAGCCGGGAUUGGAGGCUCUGUGCUUUCAGAAACAUUUUUACAGUUUACAUCUAAAAAGACUAUUAUCAGGAGACAGACUUCAUCGUUUAUAAGGUAA